CGUGUCAAAGACACACUUUAUAAAGCAAAACAUUCCGAGGAGAGAACAGCCACGGAAACAGUUCAGGAUGGCUACAGUGGGAGUGAAUGUGAUCGAGACGGCGGCUCUAGGGAGACCCUUCCAGCUGGGGAUGCUGUAUGACUGCAGGAGAGAUGCUCUGAUACCAGGAAUCACACUGUGGGAUCAAGAAAAGCUACAGCAGAGUCUACGAGUCCGUCCCCAAAUUAACACGAAUUUCAAAGUCACGGCUUCAGACUCCAUUCAGGACAAAUCAGCCUUACUGGACAUCGACGACUCUCUGAAACUGAGUGUUUUAGGUGGACUCGUCAAUGUCACAGGAGCAGCCAAAUAUCUCAAGGACACCACGAAGUCCUUCAAACAGCAGAGACUGACGCUACAUUAUCAUUCAACCAGCAGGUUUGAAGAGCUGAGCAUGAACCAUGUGGCAUCUGAAAAUAUAGUUCAUCACGAGGUGUUUGAUAAUGACGCAGCGACACACGUGGUGACAGCAGUGCUGUAUGGAGCAGACGCCUGCUUUGUGUUCGAUAGAGAAGUUUCCUCAGAUGAGGGAAUGAAGACAGUAGAAGGAGAAGCUAAAGUGGCCUUUGAGAAGCUCAAAUUAAUCUCAGUAGACCUAAACAGCAAUCUGAAGAUGAAUGACGCUCAGAAGAAAGCAGUCCAAAAAUUCACAUGCACGUUUUAUGGUGACUUCCCGUUACCGUCUAACCCGACCUCUUUUGAAGAUGCGUUGAAGGUUUUCGCUGAUCUUCCAAACCUGCUGGGAGGAAAGAAAGAGCUGGCGGUUCCUCUGAGAGUUUGGCUUUUUCCUCUGGACAAACUUCUCUCAAAAACUUCCAAACUUCAGAAGGACAUCAGCAUGGAUCUCAUCAUUAAAACUGAAUCAGUGAUUGAGAGUUUGAAUACAACUGAGAUGAAAUGCAAUGACCUUCUGGAAGAUUUGCCUGCCUUGACCUUUACUGCAUUUCGUGAUAAAAUCCUGCGAAUGAAGCAAAACUGCUUGAUCUAUAAACCGAGACUCAUGAAGAAACUCGGCUCUCUGCUGCCGAACAUCCGUGGAGACGUGAAGAAGGAAACUGACCUGAAUGAUCUUCUACAAGAACAUGAUGAAUCUCCAUUUAGUGAAAGUGACCUUGCAGAAUGGCUGAAAGAGAGAGAAAGAGAGUCUAAUGUCGUUAAUCUAAUGCUCAUACAGCUGAAGACUGCCGGUGCAAUGGUAGAAGGCUACAUAGACCUAGAUCUGAUUCAGAUAUGUCUAGGAGUUGGAAAUGUGGUCUGCUACACGUUCACAUCACUGGACUGGUCAGAUGUUCUGCUUCUUCAACAAAAGGCCUAUCUGAGUCCUUUAACAAAAGGAAAAAAUGAGAACAGUCCUGGUCCAGAGCAGAAGUCUUGGCUCACUCCUGAGAUCCAAAAGACACUGAGGAGCAACUUGAUGAUAUUUAAGAACUUGAUUGAUUCAAAAGACCGUAAACCAGCCAAGUUCAUGGUGUCCUCAAAGGAAAUGAAGAAUAAUCCAGGAUCCUGCAUUCUGCUGUAUGAAAGUGAUAGUGAUGAAGCCGUUUGCUUUAUUCCUCCAUCCAAACCAGCCUGUCCAAUCACUGAAAAGGUCAAAGAUGAUAGUGUGGUCCUGAAGGUUCCUCCAUCAUGUCCUGAAACAGUAGAGCUCAGAAUACGGUACAGACGGAGGCCGGAUCCAUACUGGUCGUCUAAACCUGUGCCGGAGCAUGAAAACACAGUUACUCUGACUGGUCUGAGAGAAGAAACUGCAUAUGACAUCAGAUGUGCAGCGCUGGGGAAACUCAACUACACCGUAUACAGUGACGUCACUGCAGUUGUCACGAAGAAAAAGGGCAGUGUGAUUACUGAGACUGACCCUAAAGGAGAGGGUCGCUCGAUCCCUAUCACUGCCUCUGAGAGUUGUAGUUCUCCAGGAGCUCAUCAAUCUCCUCAGUUGUCCGAGACGUUCAAACUGAGACUGAUGGAGGAGUUUCGGGAUCUGAAUGAAGAGAUAUCACCCGGUCGAAGACAACUACUGAAUGAUGUCUUCAUCGAGCGGCACAUCACAGAGGAGCCAGAUUCUCACAUCAAUAAUAAUAAAGAAAUCAUAAGCAUUUUCCAAAGCCAGAAAAUCAGGACCGUUUUGAUGAAGGGUGAAGCUGGCAUUGGCAAAACCGUGGCUGUGCAGAAGUUCGUCCUGGACUGGGCUGAAGAGAAAUUAAACCAUGACAUCGAAUAUAUAUUUCCAAUCCCUUUCCAGAAGCUGAACAUCAUCAGAGAGACGGGGAAGGAGGUCAGCUUCAUGGAGCUUCUGCAGCGAUGCUGUGAAAACACCGCACAUCUGAAUCCUGAGUCUAGGGUCAUGCUGAUCUUUGAUGGACUGAACGAGUUUAAAGUUCCUCUAGAUUUCCAAACCACAAAGAAGAUUAAAGAUCCAAUCACGAAAGCCUCAGUCUCUGAUCUACUGACAAACCUCAUCAUGGGAAAUCUGCUUCCAAACGCUCGGAUCUGGAUCACCAGCAGACCGGCAGCAGCCAAUCAGAUUCCUGCGCGGUUUAUUGAUCGUGUGACAGAGAUCCAGGGCUUUAAUGAUGGACAGAAGGAGGAGUAUUUCAGAAAGAGCAUUAGUGACCGGAGUAUGGCCGAUAAAGUCAUCAGUCACAUCCAGAAAUCUCCACGCAUCAACAGCAUGUGUUAUUCACCAGAUUACUGCAGAAUCAUCGCAGCGAUGCCAGAGGAAGUGUUCAGAACAGACGAGACGGGUUCAGAGACUCUCACUCAGAUGUACAGCAGACUCCUGUUAGCUCAGACUGAACUGAAUCCAGAGAGAAGAGACACCAUCAUCGCUCUGGGGAAAACAGCCUUUGACCUGCUGGUGAAGGCCAACUCUCUCUUCAGUGCUGAGGAUUAUGAACUCAGUGCUGAACGUCUGAAAGCAAGCUCAUCAAUCAUUAAAGUGAUCGAUGAAAAAAGAAAGUCCUUCUGUUUCGUGAAUCGCCGAACACAGGAGUUUCUGGCCGCUGUGUAUGCGACUGAUGUCAUUAAUGGAGGAAACCCACUCCGGCUCAGAGAUCUCUCCAGUCUGAAACUUGAGCUCGGAGAGAAGAGCUUCACAGACUACGGUUCACUCCAGAACGUGAUGAACGUCGCUUUACAGAAACAGAUGGAGCUCUUCUUCUGCUUCUUAAUGGGAUUCAGACUGGAGUCCACUCAGAUUGCUUUAAAAGAGCUCCUGACACAGAGAAGCAGCAACUCUUCAUCCAGUAUAGAAAUAAUUCAACACAUCAAAACUAUGAUGAUGAAGUCCUCUUCAGAAACGGCAGUGGACGGCAGUCUCCUGUUGGACUGUUUGAAAGAGCUGGAUGAGCGUUGUCUAAUCCAGGAGAUGAAGACACAGCUGAAAUCUGGACUCGGACUCUCUCCUGAUGACAUCUCAGCUCUGAUGACUGUGCUGCUGAACCCAGAAGAGAUUAUAUCACAUCCAUCAGAAGAACUGAAGCCUCGACCAGUGCUCAAAACACCUGCAGAACAUGAAUCGAGGUCUUGUGGUAUCAGUGAUGGAGGUUGUGCUGAUCUGAGUUCAGCUCUGAGAUCAAACCCGUCCCUUCUGAGAGAGCUGGACCUGAGUGAGAACAACAUCACAGAUUCAGAAAUGAAACAGCUUUCAGAUCUACUGAAACAUCCUCAGUGUAAACUGGAGAAACUGGAGUUGAGAUCUUGUGCUAUCAGUGAUGGAGGUUGUGCUGAAUUGAGUUCAGCUCUGAGAUCAAACCCAUCUCUUAGAGAGCUGGACCUGAGUGGGAACACCCUUACAGAAUCAGGAGUGAUGCAGCUUUCAGAUCUACUGGAACAUCCUCAGUGUAAACUGGAGAAACUGGAGUUGAGGUCUUGUGGUAUCAGUGACAGAGGUUGUGCUGUUCUGAGUUCAGCUCUGAGAUUAAACCCGUCUCUGAGAGAGCUGGACCUGAGUGGGAACAACAUCAAUGAGUUGGGAGUGAAGAUCGUUUCAGAUCUACUGGCGGAUCCUCAGUGUAAACUGGAGAAACUGGGGUUGAGAUCUUAUCAUAUCAGUGACGGAGGUUGUGCUGUUCUGAGUUCAGCUCUGAGAUCAAACCCAUCUCUGAGAGAGCUGGACCUGAGUGAGAGCACCUUUCAAUAUUCAGGAGUGAUGCAGAUUUCAGAUCUACUGAAACAUCCUCAGUGUAAACUGGAGAAACUGGGGUUGAGAUCUUGUUGUGUCUGGGAUGGAGCUUGGGCUUACCUGACUAAAGCUCUGAGGUCAACCCUGUCUCUGAGAGCGCUGGACCUCAGUGAGAACAGCAUCACAGAUUCAGGAGUGAAGCAGAUUUCAGCUCUACUGGCAGAUCGUCAGGGUAAACUGGAGAAACUGGGGUUGAGAUCUUGUGGUAUCAGUGACGGAGGUUGUGCUGAUCUGAGUUCAGCUCUAAGAUCAAACCCAUCUCAUCUGAGAGAGCUGGACCUGAGUGAGAACAACAUCACAGAUUCAGGAGUGAAGCAGCUUUCAGAUCUACUGAAGCAUCCUCAGUGUAAACUGGAGAAACUGAGGAUGAGAUCUUGUUAUGUCAGUAACCGAGGUUGUGCUGAUCUGAGUUCAGCUCUGAGAUCAAACCCGUCUCAUCUGAGAGAGCUGGACCUGAGUGGGAAUGUCAUUACAGCAUCAGGAAUAAAGCAGCUUUCAGAUCAACUAGAAGAUCCUCUGUAUAUACUGGAGAAACUGGGACACUCAUUGGUUGAGCUCAAACCCGUCUCAUCUGAGAGAGCUGGAGCUGAGUGAGAAUAAUAUCAGAGACUCAGGAGUGAAGCAGCUUUCACAUAUACUGGAGGAUCCUCAGUGCCAUUAUUCUGCUGCUGUGUGGUUGUUUUCAAGAAACUUAAGGGAUGUCAAGAACAGAUUUAUUUUUCAUGAAAAACAGUGACGACACCCAGAUCUCUGCAGAAAUAACGUACUAUACAUCUCUCAGUCUCUGUGUAUGAUACUCGUUUACAUAGCAUUUCAAAUAUAAAUAUAAAACAAUUGGGAUUCAUCUAGCUUAUUUUACCAGCAGGGCUUGUUAAGUUCUCUUAUCCCUCUCUCAGCCUAAUUUUACUAUUCUGUGCUCAACGAAUUAGAUGUUUCAUAUUUACAGCUCUUAUCCACAAUUCUAAAAACUCCUGAAUUAUACAGUAUACAGCAUACCAUGAAUAUGUUAAGACAUAACACCUAAACCUACGAAAAUAUCAAAAUGAUUAAUUAAUUUCAGUACAUCAGACUAGACUUGUAUAUGUUCUGAAGGAAAUGUGAGGAGUGCUCACUCGAGCAAAACUGAGUUUAAUCACAGUUCAACUAUUCUGAAUAUAAAUGCUCAAAUUCACAAUUGCAUAUUUGCAAUAUAAUCCACACCUGUAUGUUAAAUAGAUAUAGCACUGUAAAAUUAGUUUUAGUUUUGUACUCUUGCUUCAAAAAUGUACAGAAAUGUGCCUUAUCUUUUGUGAUAACUGUUGAGACUGUUUAUGUGACUUUGAUUUAGACUUUAGAAAUAUAACUCGGAUCUGUUUCUACACUUGGAUGGUGUUUGCCAGAAUUGCCUGUUCGUAGUUCUAGAGAUUAUCAUAUUAUGCAUGAUGUGACUGUUAUCUGUUCUGUCCCAAACCAUUAAAUUCAUCACGUAAAUGUUUUUCUGCA